GGUACACACCGCCACCCCGAACUCCGCCGCCCGCGAAAGAGAGUUUUCUACCGUCAUCGUCCGCAGCGUCGCCGGGUGCCAGUUCCUUCGAGAGCUUUGGGUCUAGGCCGUCGUGCUCCUCCUCGCCGUCUGCAGGAAGUAGUGCUACCGGAACACCCUCGUCAUACGGGAAGCCUCCGCAAUACAGUCCGCCUCUGCAGUAUGCUCCGCCACCUUCUUCUAGAUGAAUAUUUGACUUGCCACUUCUUGUUUUGUACUACAACAUGGUCAAUCUACGAUUGGUACAACAUGGUCACAUUGAUCAUAUUUAUAGAGAUUGCCAAUGAAUCAAUAUCUUGUUGUUCUUACCAUGAAUGGUACUUGGAAUACCAAUAAAGCACUUUUUCUUCGCAACAAAUAUGAUGAUAUCUGGGAGAGCGUGAACCAUCGGAAAUUGCCUGACAUUGUUAAGAAAGUCUGUCGAAGAAAAGUAGACCAGACGAACAACUAUGUCUUACCCCUAUCUAAACGUUUACGCUGUAGACCGUCCUCACCUUAUUAUAUUGUUAUCCCACCGGCGCCUCCGGUCCGGCGCCGGCCUAGUAGAAGAAGUACUAGGGACACGAAUACGGAUGAAAGAGUUCUGACAUACAACUAG